GCGGUGACGUUGUAUGCGUUGAACUUGUGUUGAAUUCUCGGAGCGAACAGUGGCGAACACUUCAAUGUGGCUGGCAGGCUCACAGCAGAUGGAUAUGGACGGGAUUCAUCUGUGCAUUGUGUACUGAAAUGCAGUCCGCGGAGAAGUUAUGAAACAGUCAACUGACUUUAAACGGGAGAGUUUCAAUGUUAUUCCUGCAGGACAUCAUGGCUCCAUGCAAUUGAUGAUAGGAAUACGUUUUGUCAGUCGCCCUCAGAAUGGUCACAGUUUUUCCGAGACCUACUGUCAUUUCCUCCAUGCUUCAGAUAAACUUGUAUAGUGUUGUAGCGCAUAGUCAUCAUCAUCACUUGCUGCGGAGAAACCGAAACUUUCAGAAACACAGUCAACAAUAAACUUUGGACAAUAAACUACGAGAACGGCGGACUGGAUUCCUUGUGUUUGCUCAUUUUGAAUUGCGUUUCCAUUGAAUUUCUGUUGUCUGAGAAGCUUUGUUUUCGCAAUCGUGCAAGAAGCUAACGAUUUUGUUAUUCGUGUAGAUUUACUAGCAGACCUGCAGGUCUAUCAGCAGAAAAAGAGUAAAUUAUUAAACAAUGGUGGACUGGUGCCGUGCAAAGGUAUCGCAUUUGAUAGAAAAAUUACGAGAGCACCCUAUUCUGUGGGAUGUCCGCUGCACGGACGAGAAAAACAAGAAUCGAAAGGCCGAAGCGUUGGAGGAAAUCGCGAAUGCACUGCAUGUGCCAGUUGAAGAAGUGAUGAAAAAACUGCAUAGUCUGAAAGUGCAAUUUAGCCGGGAAUAUUGCCGUGUUCGGAGGGAGAAACAACGAACCGGUCGAACGUACAUACCCAAGUGGUACGGCUACGAGCAAUUGCUGUUCUUGAAGGACGCCAACACAAGACACAAGAAGUGGUUUGUCACCGAGGAAAACGACGACUGCAACGAUUGUACCAACAGCGACGACUUAUCAAUAAUAUCACCCACUUCAAUAAAAGAUGAAUACAUGGCACCCUUAGAAGAGGAGAAAGAAAGAACUCAGACGCAGACCCCGAGACCAAUAUUUGACCCCUCUCUUGAGAACAACACACAUAAUUUACAAGCACACUUUCUUUCACAAAAAUUUCAAGCACCACAAAAUGCCGUGUUUGACGAGUUCAUAUCGUAUGGAUUAUAUAUAGCCAGUAAAUUAAGAGCCUUCAAUGACCCGUACCUUCAAGCUGUAGCGAAACAGAAUAUUAACAAAGUAAUAUUCAACAUUGAAUUGAAACAAUGUCAGCGCAAUGCAACAAACAAAUGCUCAACAUCUUUUGAGAAUAAUUUCCAAAACCACACAGGCUCGAGUUCUCCCCGGUGAAGCAAAGGAAAAGGAGGUGAAAGAUCUCAGUUUUUUAAUAAGAGUUUCAUACAUAGGUUAAAUAAAGCUACCU